AAAGUGUCCCAGGUGGUGGGGGUGGUCAGAAUCGUUAUCGGUUACUGCUCACUGACGGCGUAAAAACUCAUUCAUGUAGGUUUUGAAUUUUUAACCACUGCCUAUAGUCGCCAUGCUCGCCACACAGUUAAACCAUUUGAUUGAUGAAAACAAACUGGUCAACAAUACUGUAAUCCGCGUUAGGAAACAUGUUUGUAAUAACAUUCAAAAUAAUAAAGUUGUCCUCAUUGUUUUGGAUCUUGAUAUACUUGGGACGGAUGAUUCGUCAGGUAAGUUGACAUUUUACUGCAAUGCGUUCGCUUAUGUUCACAGUUUCGCUAACUUCUGUUGCUAUUAUUGUGAUAUCACAAUUCUACAUAUGGUGUACAUAUCUAGGUGGUUCUUGAUUCCAGAAGCCUGAUGGUUUUCCAGCCACCUCUGGCUCAAUUAGGUGGUUUGAAGUCCGAACAACCACCCACGGUAGCCAAACCAACCACGAUCACAUCUCAUUCAGUUGAACCUGAACAGAAAACUCCACCCAAAUCUUCUGGUCCUUUCUCUGGUGGUCAGCCAAGUACUCCUGGAACACCAGGUUGUGGGCUCCCACGUGUAUUUCCCAUACAAAGCCUCAAUCCGUAUCAGAAUAGAUGGACUAUACGUGCUCGUGUAUCACAGAAAUCAGCUAUCCGAACUUGGAGCAAACAAGGUCGUGAUGGAAAGUUAUUCAACUUUACACUAGUCGAUGAAAGCGGUGAAAUCCGUGUAACUGGAUUCAAUGCUGAAGUGGAUAAAUUUUAUGACAUGAUUGAGAUCAAUAAAGUGUACUAUGUCAGUCGAGCAAACUUGAAGGCCGCUAAUAAACAAUUCAAUACAACUAAUAACGAUUACGAAAUGACACUUCAUAGCGAUAGUCAAGUGUUGCCUUGUGAAGAUUCAGAUACUAGUUCUUUGCCAGAAACUCACUUCAAUUUUAUUUCAAUAGGAAAGUUAGAUACACAAUCUCCUGGAUCUUUUGUUGAUAUUGUUGGAGUUGUACAUGAAUGCGGUGAAGCACAAACAAUUACUGCCAAAGCAUCUCAACGUGAACUACGUAAACGCGAAUUAGGAUUAGUGGAUAGCUCUAACUGUCUAGUACGUCUUACACUAUGGGGUGAAGAAGCGGAGAAUUUCGAUGGUGCAAGUCAUCCUGUCAUAGUUAUAAAAGCGGCAAAAAUAUCUGAUUUUAAUGGUCGCUCUUUAUCUGUAAGCCCAACAUCAUCCCUUCUUAUUAGUCCUACAAAUAUUCCUGAAGCUAUACGACUAAAAGGUUGGUAUGAACAUGAAGGUCGCUACUCUAACUUUGAAACCUUCCGUAGUGAAAUGGUUGGAUCUUCAGGAGGGGCAGAUGGUGUAUCUAGUUCGUCUGGUGUUCUUGGCGGUUGGAAUCUCUUGCAAGAUGUCAAAGCAUCUGGUGUGGGAGCUAAUGUAAAAGCAGAUUAUUUCACUUGUAAAGCCACUGUUGUAUUCAUGAAAAAGGAGAAUUUCAUGUAUCAAGCUUGUUCUACUGAAGGAUGUAAUAAGAAGGUGAUUGAUUUAGGCAAUGGGCUAUAUCGAUGUGAAAAAUGUGCUAGGGAAACACCUGAUUGUAAAUGGCGCUUGCUUCUUAUGGCCAAAAUUGCUGACGUCACUGGAGAUUUAUGGGUUACAUGUUUCCAAGACGCUGCUGAAGCUUUACUGGGACAGACAGCUGAAAAGUUAGGCACUAUGAAGUCAACACAAGAUGAAACACAGUUGGAAAAAGUGUUCAUCGAGUCAGCAUUUAACUCAUGGAUAUUUCGUUUACGAGCUAAAGUUGAUCGUUAUAAUGAUGAAGAACGUUUACGUGUUGUUGUUGCAGAUGUUAAACCGGUAGAUUUGAUUGAUUAUUCUAGGCGUUUAUUGAAAGCCAUAAAUGAUCUAUCAGCAACUUUAUCUAUUCAGUAAAAAUCAAUCAGCAAUAAAUGUUGACGGU